CAUUUUAUACUGUUAUACAAUAAACUACACACGAUAAAACGAAAGCAAUAAUAAUAAAAUUGGUUGAAAAACUCUUUCCUUGCCAAAAGGACGAAGUGACAUGUUGAAAUUUUCAUAUUUCCUCCCUUUUUCAGCAUAUUUCUUAACACAAUGCUUCUACGUACAAUCUAUGCCGGAUGCCAAACUAAUCACAACAAAAACGUUUAUGUUCUGGCCAAAUGCGACUGUUCCAUUUUUUAUAAUGCCUCAACAUUUUGAUUACGAACAAAAAAUGGCGAUAAUGAAUUCACUGUCGACGUUUGCUUUCCAAACUUGUGUUAAAUUCUACCCGGUAAUGUCGAUGCCUAAGGAAAACCAAUACAUUCUAACCUUCGCUAACCCGAAUGGUGUCAGACGGUGUACCAUACUUCCUGGAGAACACUCCAACUUCCUACCACAUCGUGUCAUAGUAGGCUACGACUGCCUCAAGUCGCCAGAAAUAGACAUGAUCAUCAUGAGAGCCCUGGGACUCCCCUUCGAACAUAACCGGAUGAGUAGAGACGUCUACAUAGAAGUCCUACUUGAAAACGUCGAACCACAUGCAGUCCCGCUGUUCACGAGAGAGAGUGUGCUGCCUCCAUCGAUGCGGGCGUUGCCGUAUGACAUAAAUAGUGUCAUGCACUUCGGAGAACGAGACUACAGCAAGAAUGGGCAUCGGACUAUCAUAUUUAAGAAUCACAACCUACGUCAAAAACGCGUCGGUCUAACAGCAAAUGAUUUGCGCAAAAUUGAGCUUGUUUACGGACCAGAAUGCCGCAUUAGAGAUCGCCAAGAAAAAUUCGAACUGUGCCAAGCUUAUCCUGGUCUUGUCAGACGAAAGAGGGACAUAGAACCUACUGACGACCUCGUAAGAGGAAAGAGGGACAUUGGUAUCACUGAACCACCAGCCAAUAAGAGUUUGAGAGUCAACAGGAACAUCACACCGCCUCCUUUACUUGUAAACUUACCUGAAGCCACACCACUUAGUGAAAAACAAGUAGAUAAUACUACGGACACAGAAAUUGAUGGAGCUAACCACAUUACAGAGAGUCUUAAUUCUCUAGGUAUUGCUAAUGAAACAGACGACAUAAUAGAACAGGUUUACAAAGUAUCAGCACUAGCUUUGAAGAACGCUAGAGAUAAAUAUUGUAAUACAACUGAAAAUAAAUCUGAAAUAGUCAAACCAGUUGACAAUACUGAAAAAAAGAAAGUAUCUAAUUCAUCCGAUAUCCUUGGAAUAUUAGAAGUCAUAGCUGAUUACGCGAAAUCCAUGGUAGAUCACGCAAUACAGAACCUUACGACGUUUUGUGAGAGUUCAAAAUCUAUUGAGGAGUAUCAAAGGCAGUGUCGGUAUACUGGUCCGAAUUCUAGGUGCCCUAAAACCUAUCGGUCUACCAAGGGGGGUGCGGUUAAAUUUAGUACGCAGCAUUAUCCAGUAUAUAAGCAACAGACUAAGCACGAUGGUAGACCUGUCAAAGCCUCUUAUGUCAAAUUUAGAAGAAAUGAUGACAGUGUCACAACUCCUCUUAAAGUCAGAAGGAAAAGAGAAGUGACCACUCCUGCAGCAGUAGAGAGUGAGAAGAAAGUUAAAGAAGUUAAUUUAAAUGAUAAAGUGAAAAUUGUAGAUGCUGCAAUGAAUGCUUCAGAGAAAGCGGAGAAGAAAUUGAGUGUAGGAAAGACUAAGAAAGAAGACAAAAUGGAGGAUAAGAAAGUGAAUGCAGAAGAAGUUAAAAUAAAUGAGAAAAAACCGAGGAGAUAUUUCAAGGAAAGCAGAUAUAAAGUAAAACGUAAAGAUGACGGUUCGGGCGAUGACUGGGAGGAGUCGAAUGUAUCUAUGGACAAAGGCGGCGAUACAAUUACCAACCAAAAUGCUGAGAAAGACCCAGGCAUUGACCACGAGCACAAAUCAAAAUCGAAAGACGGUGACGAAGAUGAAGAAACGGAAUCAGAACAAGAAAAAGUUAUAAACAAAGAGGAUUUGGUGAAAGAAGCUUUAAGUGAAGGACUAGACUCAAUCUUAGGUACAAAUAAUGAUGAAAAGGACAUUAAAGAACAAACAGCCUUAGAAGAUGAAGAAGGAGAUGAGGGUGAUGAAGCAAAUGAUGGAGAAAAGGGAGAUAUAGGAGAAGAAGAUGAAAAACAGAAAGAGAAAGAGCAAUCUGAGAAGGAAGACAGUAUGGAUGCUGAAAAGAGUGAGGAGAAGGCAGAAGAAGUCAAAGAAGAGAUUAAAGAAGAGGUGGAAGAGACUACGACAGAGACACCGAAGGUAGAGGCUGUUAGACCUGAAGCUGAGGUGUUAUCGGCUCAUCAUCAAGUGAAACAUGAAGUACACAAAACAAAAAAGAAGGCAAAGAAAGCGAAGAAACAGAAAACGCGAGUGAGGAAGCGAAAGUCACAGAGCGAUAUACCAGAGACUGUGAAACUUAACAAACUGAAUAAGGAGUUUUACAAUGAGAGGAGGUGGCCCGACGGUAUUGUGAGAUACGUCAUCAAGAAGAUACCUGGUUACGAUUUAGAGGAUCUACGAAACAGAUUGGCAGAAGUAAACACCAUUUUGAUGAGGAAGACUUGUGUCAAGCUGAUUGAGGUGGAUGCCAAGGAGGCUAGGGGAUAUGACGACUAUCUGGUACUGGACAACAGUCCUGACUACGUCACUGGACGCGUUGGGGGUAAACAGAUCUUCGGUUGCGUAGAGCUGUUCAAAGGCAACCAGCAUGUGCAGCAUACAGCUAUGAUGGUGAUGGCAAUGCUGGGUUUCUACUUCGAAGUCUCCAGACAUGACAGAGACAAAUACAUCCGCGUCCACAAUCGACAUGUACGGCCUGAUAAACUGCACCAUUUUGAAAAGAUACGCGACGAAGCUACUUUGGACCUGCCAUACGACUUCCAAAGCGCCACGCACCCUGCUUGGCAAUUCUGGCGGAAGAUUGGCAAAACUGGCAUAUCUACAGUCGCCACUUAUAAAGAUCAAGAUCCCGACGGCUCCAUAAUGAGAUCUCUUGGCCAAAACUCUGAACUACUUUCAGAAGGGGAUAUAAUUAAAAUAAAUAGCGUCUACGGCGUCCAAUGCUUCCAAUCCAAUCGGCCAUCGGAACGAAUGAAGAAAACUAAACAAAAACCUAAAAAAUCUAAAAAGGAUGAAUCGUAAAUAAAAUUACUUUUAAA